UUUCGAGUCGUGCAGAACUAUCACCAUGAGCCACUACUACUCAUCGGAGGAGGACAACAGUUCGCAGUACUUGGGCAGUCCCAACUACAAUCUAACGCUGAUGUCGACGCAAACACAACAGCCGGAGCAGCAGUACAAUAAUGUGGCAUACUUAUCGCCCGACUGGCAAUUUCUAGAUGCCACAACCGGUUGCAAUUUGGAGCUGCCCACGGUGAGCUAUGAAGAGCAGCUCACGCAACCCGAACAGCAGCCACAGCAGCAGAAGAAACGCAAGAUCACCACACACAAUCUGAGUGAGAGCAGCAGCAACCAUGUGACACUUAGCCCAACAGUACAGAAGAAGCGGCGACAGGCGGCGAAUGCCAGGGAAAGGAAGCGCAUGAAUGGCCUUAAUGAGGCUUUCGAUCGGUUGCGUGAGGUGGUUCCAGCCCCAUCUAUAGAUCAGAAGCUAUCUAAGUUCGAGACACUGCAAAUGGCCCAAUCUUACAUCCUAGCACUGUGCGAUCUGUUGGGCAACAAUGGAGACGAUGUCGAUGCCGCAGCUUAUACGAUCUUUGGUGGCAGUGAGAGCAGCUUUGAACUGGGACAGUGAGGAUCAAGACUAUAGCAUUACCAGAAAGAGAAGAGAGAAUAGAAUCUAAGCGUUGUUUGAUAUCCAUUGAAUCUAAGAUUUAAGGUUUGUGAUUUGCAACUUAUAAUUAAAA